AGUUGACAGCACCGCCUCAACCCAUCUAAUUCAUUGCUAUAAUUAAUCUCAUGAAGCAAUGCUCAGCCUAAAUUUAGUUAUAUUGCCCAUAAGAUCUAUCUGGGUUGCAGAAGACAGUGGUGAUCUGAGUUACAAGAAGAGCAAAAUGAGCUCCAGCUCUUGUUUUUAUAUUCUUUUGCUUUUUCUAACGAAUUUUUCAUCUCUUAGAUCUGAUUACAGAUGGUAUAAAUGCAAUAAUGAUUCGACUUUCACCGACGGCAGCACAUAUUCUACUAAUCUGAUCCGAGUUAUGUCGGAUCUGUUUAGAAAUGCAUCCCUAAGUUCGCGGAUUAACACUUCUUCAUUUGGUCAAACGCCCAACAAGGUCUAUGGCCUUCUGCAGUGUUUUGGGAACUUAUCAGCAGACAAAUGCUCAGAAUGUGCACAACAAGCAAAUAGCCCUCUAAAGGAACUUUGCGCCAACGACAUAGGUCGUUGGGUAUUGAUGGAUGACUGCUUUCUGCGCUAUGACAACUCUAGUUUCAUUUCAACACUAUAUGACAGCGUAUUUGUUUUGCUUCAUAACGUUAAUAGCUUCUCAGGCAAUAUGGAUGAUUUCAAGGCCACAACCUCGAGUCUUCUCUCCAACUUGUCUAAUCUAUCUUACGACCCUGCAAAUAGGCGAUUCGCCAUGGGAUCGGCGAACUACUCCACAAGUAAAGCUGUCUACGGGCUCGUUCAGUGUUGGAGAGAUUUAUCUAUCAACGAUUGCAAAAACUGCUUGUUUAAAGCAAGGAGCAGUGUGGAAAAUUGUUGUUCUAAGAACCAAGGAGGUCGGGCUCUGUUAGGAAGCUGUGUAGUCAGAUUUGAGUCAUACUCGUUUUUUGACACUACAGAGGUAUCUUCACCAGAAGCUUCGCCCCCUACUCCAACAACUUCCGCACCUCCCACAGCAGGCCAGGCCCAAUCCAAGAAGAAGCAUUCAAAAUUACCGAUUAUUUUGGGAGUUGUGGGAGGCUUGAUUAUGCUGUUAGUUAUUUGUCUAAUUGCAAAGAGAAAAAGAGUGAAAUCUGUCAUUUUUGGGAGCCCAGUGAAUCUAGAUACCCGCAAUGAAGAACGGCAUGGAUAUUCUACCGAAUCGGCGUUACUGAUCCAGGAACAUCAACAUUUUAUAAUGAGCUUAGAGGCCUUGGCAGAAGCCACACACAAUUUUCACGACAAUAACAAGCUUGGAGAGGGAGGCUUUGGAAGUGUAUACAGGGGAACAAAUAGAGACGGAAAGGAAAUAGCAGUUAAAAAGCUGUCUGCGAGAUCUUCCCAAGGUACUAAGGAAUUCAUGAAUGAAGUGAAGCUGAUGGCCAAUGUUCAGCACCGAAACCUUGUGAAGCUGUUGGGAUGUUGUGCUGAGGGAGAUGAAAGAUUGCUUGUUUAUGAAUACUUUGCUAACAAGAGUUUGGACACUUUUCUGUUUCAUCCGACAAAGCAUAGAAAGUUAGAUUGGCAAAAACGUUAUAACAUCAUAACUGGAAUUGCUCGUGGCCUUCUCUACCUUCAUGAAGAUUCACAGCUGAAAAUCAUUCACAGAGAUAUUAAAGCAAACAAUAUUUUGCUUGAUGACAAACUCAAUCUUAAAAUAGCAGACUUUGGUUUAGCAAGACUUUUCCCUGAAGACGAAACCCAAAUCCAAACCAGAGUUGCAGGCACAUAUGGUUACAUGGCACCAGAGUAUGCAAUGCGAGGACAGCUGUCAGUUAAGGCCGACGUAUACAGCUUUGGCGUGCUACUGCUUGAGAUUGUGAGUGGAAGAAAAAACACAGAUUUCAAUCUUCCACAAGACAUACAAAAUCUGUUGGAAUGGGCAUGGAGACUGUGCAGAGGAGGAGAUGUGAUAAGUAUGGUUGAGUCAACUAUAAAAGAGAGUUGUCCGCAGGAGCGUGUGAGACGCUGCAUUCAUGUUGCACUUUUGUGUGUACAAGCAGAAGCAACAGUUCGUCCAGCUAUGUCGAAUGUUAUUAUUAUGUUAUCAAGCAAUUCGGUGACAUUGCCAAAUCCAACAAAGCCAGCGUCAGUAUUUCUGAGUGGUUCAGAAUCAAGUGCAGGGUUAGGGUAUGAAAAGGAUAGAGCAUCAGCAUCACAUACGUCUGGAACGAUCGCUUCAUCUGCGUCGGGCAUUCAAUCUGGAAAUGACACGUCCAUUAGUGACGUAGAACCGAGGUAAGGUAGAUGUUGAAAUUUGGAGUAUCACAAUUGUUGAUAGAGGCGUGGAUACUCUGGACUCUUCUUUUCUUGUGAAAGACGUGAGCCUUACGUAGUUGUGAUUGGUCAAAUAUUGACUCUUAUUUCCCACACCAGACACAAACAAACAGAACUGUAUACUUUUUAAUUGUUUCUGUAGGAGUUGAGUUCUAUCUAUUUUGGUGAUAUCUAUUUAGAUGAUAGAAUCUGAAACGUUGAUGAAAAAUAUUUAUACAAUCAAAUUUUAUGUCCUUGA